AUGAAUCUGAUUAUAGAUGAAAUUAGAAAAGGGUACUUGAAUGAGUUCAAUUAUAAUGAAUUUCAAAUUCAAAAAAGAAUUUCAGAUGGCUCAAGUGAAGUUAUUCUUGCUUAUAUGAAGACUAAUCAUAAACACGCCGUCCUCAAAUUUUUAAAAUGUAAUCAAGAUGAACAUGAAUAUUGCAAAAAAUUUCGCAGAGAGCAAAUUUUCCCAAAUGAUAACGUAAUCAGUUUUUAUGGAAUAACUAAAGAUCCUCUUAAGAAAUUUCACUCUAUAGUGCUUCAGUAUUGCUUUAAUAAAAAUCUCAGGGAACAUUUGAAAGAAAAAAAAUUUGACUGGUUUUAUAAAAACCAAAUGGCUAAAGAAAUUGCUACAGGGUUGGGAUUUAUUCAUGCAGCAAAUAUUGUACACUGUGAUCUGAACUCAAAAAACAUAAUGCACCACAACGGCAAAUUGGUGAUUAUAGAUUUUAGCUCAUCAAUGUCUUCUGAAAAUCAAGAGGAACCUAUUCUCAAAAUCACCGAAGAAAAUAUACUUUGGGAAAUAUCAAAUAGCAGACCUCCUUUUAGUGAUAAUUUUGAAUUAUACACAAAUAAACUUAGAGAUUUUCUUACUCGUGGAGGUAGAGAAACUCCUGUUAAUUUAACUCCUGUAGAUUACAAAGAACUAUAUUGUGACUCAUGGAAUUCUGAUCCUGAAAAGCGACCAUCAAUUAACGAAGUCAUUAGUCGUCUUAGUGAUAUUGAGUUUGAUUGUGUAUAUCAAGAUUCUGAUUAUAUCGAUUAUAUCCCAGAAAUUUCUUUGGGAAGUUCUUUUAGGAACAUAACUCAGUUUACGUCGAAUAAAGCGGCUUGUUUAGAGGUUAUUAAAGGAUCGGCUCUAAAUUUAUACAUUUUCCUUCCUCCGGUCGAAAUAUCUGUAGGAAGGGGUAAUAAGAACGAUAUCAUUAUAAAAGACCAUAAAAUUGCCAAAAAACAUGCAAGAAUUAUUGUAAAUAAUCAGGGACAAGUCGAAAUUAAUGAAUUAG